AUGGCCGGGAACCCGCGCCGUGCCGCCAGCCGGCGACUGCAGCUUUCCCUGCUGUGCCUCCUCUUCCAGGGUGCCACUGCCAUCCUCUUCGCGUUCUUUGUUCGCUAUGACCACGAGACCGACGCUGCCCUCUGGCACUGGAGCAAUCACAGCGAUGCGGACAAUACAUUUUACUUUCGUUAUCCGAGCUUCCAGGACGUGCACACCAUGGUCUUCGUGGGCUUCGGCUUCCUCAUGGUCUUCCUGCAACGCUAUGGCUUCAGCAGCGUGGGCUUCACCUUCCUCCUGGCCGCCUUUGCCCUGCAGUGGGCCACGCUGGUGCAGGGCUUCCUCCACUCCUUCCAUGGAGGCCACAUCCACGUGAGCGUGGAGAGCAUGAUCAACGCUGACUUCUGUGCUGGGGCAGUGCUGAUCUCCUUCGGGGCAGUGCUGGGCAAGACUGGACCAGCUCAGCUGCUGAUCAUGGCCCUGCUGGAGGUGGUGCUGUUUGGUGUCAACGAAUUCGUGCUUCUUAGUCUCCUGGGGGUGAGGGAUGCAGGUGGUUCCAUGACCAUCCACACUUUUGGUGCCUACUUUGGCCUGGUCCUCUCCCGGGUCCUCUACAGGCCACAGCUAGAGAAGAGCAAGCAUCGCCAGGGCUCUGUCUACCACUCGGACCUCUUUGCCAUGAUUGGAACCAUCUUCCUAUGGAUCUUCUGGCCCAGCUUCAACUCUGCCCCCACUGCGCUGGGGGAUGGCCAGCAUCGGACAGCCCUCAACACGUACUACUCGCUGACUGCAAGCACCCUCAGCACUUUCGCCCUGUCUGCCCUUGUCGGGGGUGAUGGGCGGUUGGACAUGGUGCAUGUCCAGAAUGCAGUGCUGGCUGGAGGGGUCAUAGUGGGGACCUCCAGUGAAAUGAUGCUCACACCCUUUGGGGCACUGGCUGCUGGCUUCCUGGCAGGAGCUGUGUCCACGCUGGGCUACAAGUUCCUCACGCCCAUCCUGGAGUCAAAGUUCAAAGUGCAGGACACAUGUGGUGUUCACAACCUCCAUGGGAUGCCGGGAGUCCUGGGAGCCCUCCUGGGGGUGCUUGUAACUUGGCUGGCCACCCACGAAACUUAUGGAGAUGGCUUGGAGACUGUGUUCCCUCUUAUCGCCGAGGGCCAGCGCAGUGCCACCUCGCAGGCCGUGUACCAGCUCUUCGGACUGUUUGUUACCCUGAUGUUUGCCUCUGUGGGCGCGGUGUUUGCAGGGCUCCUGCUGCGGCUACCCUUCCUGGGCUCCCCACCAGACUCCCGGUGUUAUGACGACCAGGUUUACUGGGAGGUGCCAGGAGAACAUGAAGACGAAGCCCAGGGACCGCUGAGGACAGAGGAGCCAGAUACUCGGGCCUGACUGGCAUUCAGCCCAAGACCAAGCUCCACUUUAAAAGCUGUUGACCAUCUCCUAAGAAGACGUUCUUCUCUUAUCCCUGCAGCUGCCCAGCAGAAGCUGCAU